AUGGAAGUAGAUCUGGUCCACACCACUACCACCGACCAUUUCCGCCUAGGCGGCGUGUGGUUGGAGCCGCCAACUCAACCCGACCCCAGCCGCGCUGCCGAUGCCGUGCUGCUGAUUCAUGGCGUGGGCGGCAACUUCUAUCAGCCCAUGCUGAUGGAGUUGGCUCAGCGCCUCAAUGAGGGUGGCUACGGUGUGGCCUGCUUCGACAACACUGGCCACGACGCCCUGUGGGCCAGAAACCCCGAAUCGGACAUGUGCUGUUGGCGUGGUUGA